CAGCCACGUGGCCGCCAGAGGGCGGGCUGUGCUGUGCUGGAGCGACAUCAGAGGAACUGGACUGGAGGUGGCUCCUUCCAGAGAGCCGCCUCUUGCUAGGCCGCCUUGCUGGCAGGGACAGAACAGUAGCCCUGGGCAGCGGGUGCCAUAUGAACUGGAGCGCUGGACACCUCACCCUGUUUACCUUGGGGCCACGGCCUUGCCCAGGACGCCCUGGUGCUGCGGCCAUGCAUGCCUCGGUGGGUCUGCUGCUCCCGGUCCUGCUGCUCACGCUGCCCUGCGCCCCCGGACUGCCCUUCUACAAUGGCUUCUACUACAGCCCUGGUGGCAGGGACCUGGGGAGUGACCACAGGGAAAGCCUCUUCAAUGGAGUGAAGCUGGUGGUGGAGACGCCGGAGGAGACCCUGUUCACCCACUGGGGUGCCAAUGUGACUUUGCCCUGCCGCUACCACUACGAGCCAGCCCUGGCAUCCCCGAGGCCCGUGCGCAUCAAGUGGUGGAAGCUGUCGGAGAACGGAGCCCCGGAGCAGGACGUGCUGGUGACCAUUGGACAGCGGCGCCGCUCCUUCGGGGACUACGAAGGCCGCGUGCACCUGCGGCAGGACCAGGAGCGCGAAGCCUCACUGGAGCUGCGGGACCUGCGGCCCGAGGACUCUGGGCGCUACCGCUGCGAGGUCAUCGAUGGGCUGGAGGACGAGAGCGGUGUGGUGGAGCUGGAGCUACGGGGUGUGGUUUUUCCCUACCAGCCCCGACAAGGCCGCUACCAGCUUAACUUCCACGAGGCACAGCAGGCCUGUGAGGAGCAGGGUGCAGUGGUGGCCUCCUUUGAGCAGCUCUUUCGUGCCUGGGAGGAGGGCCUGGACUGGUGCAAUGCUGGCUGGCUGCAGGAUGGCUCUGUGCAGUACCCUAUCACCCUGCCACGGGAGCCCUGUGGGGGCCUGGGUCUGGCACCAGGCAUGCGCAGCUAUGGUCUCCGCCACCGCCGCCUGCACCGCUAUGAUGUGUUCUGUUUCACCGCUGCCCUUAAGGGGCAGGUGUACUACCUGGAGCAUCCCGAGAAGCUGACCCUGGCAGAGGCCCGAGAGGCCUGCCGGGAGGACGGCGCCCACAUUGCCAAGGUGGGCCAGCUCUUUGCCGCCUGGAAGUUCCGUGGCCUGGACCGCUGUGAUGCUGGCUGGUUGGCAGAUGGCAGUGCCCGCUACCCAGUGGCUCACUCCCGCCCCAACUGCGGGCCCCCAGAGCCCGGCGUGCGGAGUUUCGGCUUCCCAGACCCACAGAGUCGCCAUGGUGUCUACUGCCACCGCCAGCGCUAAGCCACGCCAGCUCUGCAGACCCUGCCCUCCCAGCUCUGUAUUUAUGGACUGGUUCCUUUUCCCCUGUGGUUGGAGCACAUUUUGUAUUUUUUUUUUUAUACUUAACUUAAAUUGUAGAAGUAUUAUUUGUUGGUAAUAGCAACUCCCAACUCCUUGUACUGGCCUUGGACUCCCUGGGCUCUCCCGCUUGGGGACAUUUGUGGUCUGUGGGCUUUCAGAGGGGUCUCUGCCAUUACAGUCCAGGCUGUCUCCAUGCCCUGCACGGGCUGCGGCUCAGGUUGGUUGCAGCUGUCACUCUGCCUCAGCCUGGGGAGGCAAACGGUCUGGGGAGGGCGAGUAGGGGUCUUUUUCAUUGCCAGAGUGGCUCCCCAGGCUUCUGGUGAAAUUCCUUCUCCUCUACCCUCUUCUGGGUCCAGGAUCUGUUCAUGUUUCCUUGUUCAGGGGGAGGCCUUCCGGUGUAAUGUCUUCUUUGGCUAAUAAAUGGUGCUGUGGCCCCCUGUGGCCCUGGC